AUGGCAAACCCAAUUACAGUCUGGCAAAAGAGCAUCUUUUUCUGCCACCUCUUAAAGUCCAAUCCCGUGAAUGGUUGUGAAACUUGUACAAGGGGCAUCAUCCGUAGGCCAAGCCCAGGACCAACAAUUUCAGCCGGGAAUGAAGCAGAGGGUGCGGCCACAAACCCAGAAAAGCCCCCAUAUCCCCCUGGGGCAAAUUCAGAAAACAUAGGGCUACACAUAAAGGGAACUAGCCCAAUUGGAGGAGCGACUACCUUGACUUCGGCUCUGGCAGCAGUUCCGGCGACUCCUCCGACAGCAGCUCCGGCGACUCCCCCGACAACGGCUUCAGAAGCGGCUCCGGAGAUUCUGGCAACUCCUUCGGCAAAGGCUCCGGUGAUUCCGGCGACAUCUCCGGUUCCGGCUACGGUGACUCCUCCGGUUACAGUUCCGGCGGUGGUUCCGGCAAUUCCUUAG